AUGAAAGAAUAAGCACUGGAUUUUCUUUUAUUUUCAAUAAAUUUUUUAAUAAAGAAUUUUUAAAACUAAUUUUUGUUCAGCUUAUAGUUUGUUCGAUCAAAUUUUAGUAAGGUCUUCAAUAAUUUAAGGAUGAAUCAGCACAAACCUAACAGCUUAACAAAAUUUUAACUCAUUUACAAAGUAAAGUAAUAGUAAAUUUAAAAAAAAAAUAGUGCUUAGAAGCCUGUAAAAGAAGCAAAUCUUAAUGAUUGGUAAAGAGUAAUAUACUUCUGCAAUCAAAAAAUCAACAAAUUAAGUUUUUAAAAUAUAAAAGCCUUAAAAGAAGUUUAAGUUACGACAGUAAAUUGA